AUGGCGCGUUCCCAAGUCUACGACGCAUGCUAUCACGGCUGCGCCAACGACUGCGACGACCCCAAUUUCGCCUGUAACGCGUGCCAGCGCACAAUGCAAGCAGGCGCAGCAUGCGACGGCAACAAGAUGUGGAACUGGAAGGACGCCGACCGGUAUCCGGCCUCGUGCCUGACCACCAUUGCGCGCAAUAUGAUGGGCGACGCGCUCGAGCAGCUCAAGAAGUCGUACCGCAACCAGUACGCGCUGAUCGUGCUGACGGUGCUUGGUGGCGUGCUGGGUGCUGUGAUUACUUAUAUUGUCUGGCGCAGGUUGACCAUGACCAAGGCGGAACGGCGGGAGCAGAAGAUGAACAAGAAGGCGAAGAGAGCUAGUCUGGGCCACCCUGCAUCUUGCCGCUCUUCUUCCUCCUCUUCCUCCUCUUCAUCAUCCGCCCACUCCCGGGCUGGAUCCGGAUCUCGGCCCGGGACAAGCAGCAGCGGCGGCAGCGGCAGCGGAAUCGGUAAGAAAGCCGCCAUGACGGCCGUGCUCGGACUCAUCGGCGGCGCCAAACCUGCUCAAGCCUACGCCUGCACCGGACGAGACAUGACAUGGAACCAGUACUUCGUGUCCCCCGUCAACGGCAACACCGGCAGCAACGUCGCUAUAUUAGGUGUCGUCCAUGGGUGGUUCAGAAACUGUAACGAUAAGCGUGACUGCGUCAAGAGGUGCACCGACACUUGCGGCACCGACUCGAGCGGCCACAAGUCGUGCCGUAACAGUUGCAGUGACGACUGCCACACCACCACCGUUACUGACCGCAUGCCCAAGCAGUAUGUGGACGACAUUGUGCCGCGAGUUAGGGCUUGUGGGUUUACCACGGUUGACUCGCUGGCCAGCGCGGAUAUGGCGGGGUUAACGGUGCGGGUUGCCAAUGCCAACAUUGAGAGGAAUCAUUGGGUGCGCAUCUCCGUCAACUCGCUGAAUGCGACGAGGCCGGAUGAGACGGAUGAGAUGAUCUUGGCGGAAGGUGGAAUGACAUUUUGUUGA